AUGGGUGUGCACACACACGUGUGCAUGUUGUGCAUGUGUAUAUGUGCACUGUGUGUGUGUGCACGCUCUGUGUAUGUGCAUGAUGCGUGUGUGUGUGUGCACUGUUUAUGCACUCGUAUUUGUGUGUGUACUUGUGUAUGCGUGCAGGCGCACCAUGUUUGCAUGCAUUUGUGUGUGUGCACUUUCUAUGCAGUUGUCUGCAUGCGUUUUUCUUGA